AUGACAAGAAUUGAAAAUACAAAUAUUAAAAUUAUAAAUGAGGAUCAUAAUUUCGUUACUUCUAUUGUAUAUACAUCUGUUACAUCUGGAAAGCCAAAGGGUGAUAUGUUAAGCAAUAAAAAUUUGUAUAACCAAUUAUAUUCAAUAUAUAAUCAUAGCAUAAAGGAAACAUAUAGUCUUCAAUAUCAUUUAUCUUAUUUACCAAUGUCACAUGUAUUUGAACGAACGUUUGCUUAUGGAAUUCAACUAUGUGGUGGAACAUUAAAUAUAUGGAGUAAGGAUGUAAAUUAUUUUUCCAAAGAUAUAUUUAAUACAAAGUAUCUUAUACUAGGAGGAGUACCUAAGGUGUUUAGUAGAAUUUAUACGAAUAUUAUGACCGAAAUUAAUAAUUUAUCGCCUUUUAAAAGAUAUAUUAUAAAAAGCGUUAUAUCUUUACGUAAAUCUAAUAAAAAUAAAUGGUUAGAUAAAUUUCUUGAAAAUGUUUUUCAUAUAUCCAGUAAAAUAAAAGAAAAGAUUAACCCAAAUUUAGAAAUUAUAUUGAAUGGAGGUGGAAAAUUAUCAGCAGAAGUUACCCUAGAAUUAUGUACUUUAUUAAAUAUCAAUUACUGUCAAGGUUAUGGAUUAACAGAAUCUUCAGGUGCUAUUUUUGGUAAUCAUGCAGAAGAUUCAAAUUUUGAAAGCAUAGGGGGAUCUGUUGCUCCAAAUACAAAAUAUAAAGUAAGGACAUGGGAUAAAUACAAAGCAACAGAUCCUUUACCUAAAGGAGAAUUAUUAGUUAAGAGUGAUUCUAUAUUUAAAGGAUAUUUUUUAGAAGAGGAAGAUACAAAAAGGGCUUUUACUCAUGAUGGCUAUUUAAUAACAGGUGAUGUGGUAAAAAUUAAUAAAAAUGGUUCUUUAAUAUUUUUAGAUAGAUCAAAGGGUUUGGUUAAAUUAUCACAAGGAGAAUAUAUAGAAACAGAUUUAUUGAAUAAUCUAUAUUCACAUAUUUGUUUUAUAAAUAAUUGCGUUGUAUAUGGUGAUGAUUCAAUGGAUGGUCCACUAGCAAUUAUAUCGAUAGAUAAAUGUUUAUUUUUUACAUCAUUAAAAGAUGAUAAUAUGUUCGAAAGAAUUGGAGUUAAUGAAAAAAAUUAUUUACACAAAUUAACUGAUGAUAAUAUAAAUAAUAAUAUUUUUGUUGAUUAUGUUAAAGAAAAAAUGAUGGAUGUUUAUAAAGAAACACAUUUAAAUAAAUACAAUGUUAUUAAUAACAUAUAUUUAACUACAAAAACAUGGGACACGAAUAAUUACCUUACUCCAACAUAUAAAGAAGUACUGUUGGUAGUAGCAUUAAUGGAAAAAAGGAAGAAGAAAAAAAAAAAUGAAAAUAAACAAGAAGAUAAACAUUCAAAUAAAUUAAAAAAUGUAACUAUUACAGAAUGA